AUGGCACCGCCAUGCUUCACCGGCACUCAAUGCGAGAUAGACAUUGACGAAUGUAAAGAUAGGCCAUGCUUAAACGGAGGUACCUGCCACGAUCUCAUCAACUCUUUCAAAUGUACGUGUGCUAUCGGAUUUGCUGGUGCUCGCUGCCAAGUGAACAUAGACGAUUGCAUUUCGAACCCAUGUCGCAACGGUGGCAUUUGUCACGAUUCUAUUGCCGGAUAUACCUGCGAAUGUCCUCCCGGUUUUACAGGCGCAUCAUGCGAAAUAAAUAUCAACGACUGUGCAUCAUCUCCUUGUCACCAUGGGGAAUGUCUCGAUGGCGAAAACACCUUUACUUGCACCUGUCAUCCGGGAUAUACGGGAUUUUUGUGUCAAUCUCAGAUCAAUGAGUGCGAGUCGAAUCCAUGUCAGUUUGGAGGAAUCUGCCAAGAUUUAGUCAACGGUUAUCAAUGUCUUUGCAAAGCCGGAACUUCGGGCCUAAAUUGCGAAAUUAACGUUAAUGAGUGUUACAGCAAUCCUUGUAGAAACAAUGCGCGAUGCAUCGAUGGGAUCAACAGAUACACCUGCGAAUGUAUACCCGGCUUCACAGGACAACAUUGCGAAACAGAUAUAAAUGAGUGCGCUUCAAAUCCUUGCGCCAACGGUGGCGUAUGCAUUGAUUUAAUUAAUGGCUUUCGUUGUGAGUGUCCACGCGGUUACUACGAUGCAAGAUGCCUAAGUGAUGUCGACGAGUGUAAAUCGAAUCCUUGUAAGCACGGAGGAAGUUGUGAGGACGGGGUCAAUCAGUUUAUAUGUCAUUGUUUAGCGGGUUAUGGAGGCAAACAAUGUGAAAAUGAUAUUGAUGAGUGUGCCUCGAACCCUUGUCAGCACGGAGGAGUUUGUCACGAUCAUCUGGCGUCGUACACAUGCGAAUGUCUGGCCGGCUACAGUGGGGUCAACUGUGAGACAAAUAUCGACGAUUGCGCUAUUAACCCAUGUAAAAAUGGAGGAUCGUGUAUUGAUCAAGUGAACGAUUAUAAAUGUGCCUGCGAACUUCCAUACACUGGUCGAAAUUGUCAUGAAAAGUUAGAUCCCUGCUCUCCUAAUCGAUGCAGACACAAUGCGCGGUGCACUCCCAGUUCUAAUUACUUGGAUUUUGCCUGUUCCUGCAGUGUUGGAUAUACUGGUCGACUUUGUGAACAAGACGUCGAUGAAUGUGAAGUUUCGCAACCAUGCAGAAACGGAGCCACUUGUCGUAACACCAAUGGAUCAUACCAGUGCAUAUGUGCGAGAGGCUAUGAAGGGCGUGAUUGUACCGUAAAUACUGAUGAUUGUGCUUCAUAUCCUUGUCAAAAUGGUGGUACCUGUUUGGACGAUAUCGGUGAUUACAUGUGCUUGUGUGUUAAUGGUUUCGAAGGUAAACACUGCGAUGUCGAUAUUGACGAAUGUCUCUCAAAUCCUUGCCUAAAUGGCGCCACAUGUAAUCAGUAUGUCGAUUCCUACACGUGCACCUGUCCUCUCGGAUUCUCUGGAAUCAAUUGCCAAACCAAUGACGAAGACUGUACGGAAAGUAGUUGUAUGAAUGGUGGAACUUGUAAUGAUGGGAUCAACUCGUACACUUGCACCUGCAAACCUGGCUACACCGGUUCAAAUUGUCAAAAUCGCAUUAACUUGUGCGACAGCUCUCCAUGUCUUAACGGCGCCAACUGUCAGGAUCAUAUCUCCCAUUACACUUGCCACUGUCCCUAUGGCUAUGCGGGAAAGGAUUGCGCCGAAUACGUCGACUGGUGCAUAACGAAUCCUUGCGAAAAUGGAGCUACCUGCAGGCAAAUCAAAAAUCAAUAUCAGUGCCUUUGCGCGCCCGGUUGGACCGGGAAGGUGUGCGAUGUCGAAAUGGUCAGCUGUAAAGAUGCGGCGUUACGAAAAGGUGUUGCUCCCAAAUUACUUUGUAACAAUGGCACUUGCGAAGACAUUGGUAAUUCUCAUCGUUGCCACUGCCUCGAGGGUUACGCCGGGUCGUACUGUCAAAAAGAAAUAAACGAAUGCGAAUCUGCUCCUUGUCAAAAUGGCGCGACUUGUAAAGAUCUAAUCGGCGCAUACGCGUGCCACUGCACCAAGGGUUUUCAAGGUCAAAAUUGUGAGUUGAACGUUGACGAUUGUAAGCCGAAUCCUUGCCAGAAUGGGGGAACCUGUCACGAUUUGGUCGACAGUUUCCAAUGUUCCUGCCCGCCUGGAACUUUGGGUUACAUUUGUGAAAUCAAUAUUGACGAUUGCCGACCGGGUGCUUGCCACAAUAACGGCACUUGCAUGGAUAGAGUUGGAGGAUUCGAGUGUAAGUGUCCGGCCGGAUUUGUCGGUCCUAGGUGUGAAGGUGACAUUAACGAGUGCCUAUCCAACCCUUGCGCUACACCCGGAACUUUGGAUUGUGUACAACUCAUCAAUGAUUAUCACUGCAACUGUAAAGCUGGAUACAUGGGAAGGCAUUGCGAGGUGAAGGUUAAUUUUUGCGCAAACUCUCCAUGUCAAAAUGGUGGUGUUUGCACGGCGGUACACGCACGACAUCGAUGUACGUGCCCGGAUGGUUUCUACGGUAAAAAUUGCGAGUUUAGUGGUUACGAUUGUGAUUCAGACCCUUGUCAGAAUGGCGGACUGUGUCGAAUUUCGGAUGGUGGGGGUUAUGUUUGUGAAUGUCUCGAAGGAACCACCGGUACAAAUUGUGAAAUUGAUUCUUUGAACGAAUGUAAUAGCAAUCCCUGUCGACAUCCUGACGCAAUUUGCCAGGAUAAGUUAGGCGACUACGCAUGUUACUGCCCGCCGAAACAUACAGGCAAGAAUUGCGAAAUUUACGAUCGUAAUUCCCCAGGAGGUUUGGGAACCAUUGUCGUUUCGCGAAAGGAUGUCAAUACAUUUUAUGCGAAAGAUUUGGAAUUGCAAAGAAAACAAUGUGUGAAGAACAACUGCUCGUCAAAGCGAGGUAAUUUCAGAUGUGACGAAGAAUGUAACACGUAUGCUUGUGAUUUUGAUGGGAACGACUGUUCGUUGGGUAUAAAUCCGUGGGUAAAUUGCACUGCACCAAUUAAAUGCUGGGAGGUUUUUAUGGACGGGAAUUGUGAUAAGGAGUGCAACAACCCACAGUGUUUAUUUGACGGGCGCGAUUGCGAAAAAUCACUGCAACCUUGUAAUCCAGUUUACGACGCCUAUUGUCAAAAACAUUACGCAAACGGCCACUGCGAUUACGGGUGUAAUAACGCUGAAUGUAAUUGGGACGGAUUAGAUUGUGAUCGAAAACCACCAGAAAUAGCUGAGGGAAUUAUCGUUAUGAUUGUGCUAAUGGAUAUGCAGGCAUUCAAACAGAAUUUGGUCGCUUUCUUGAGGGACACCAGUUAUCAGUUACGGACGACGGUGCGAGUGAAAAAAGAUCAGCUUGGAAAUGACAUGAUUUAUCCCUGGACGGGAACGUCGACAACAAAUCUUCAAGAUACUUAUUAUGGCCAAAAACACAGUGUGAUAUUUUCAGAACAGUACGGAAAUGCUGGGGUUAAAGUUUACUUGGAAAUCGACAACCGAAAAUGUACCUCUUUAUCUGAUUCAGAUUACUGCUUCCAAUCUGCAAAUGCAGCUGCCGAGUUUCUGGCGGCUAAAGCUUCUAGACACACACUUUCCCAGUCAUUCCCAAUCUAUAAAGUCACUGGUGUUAAUGCUCCUAUAGAAGAUGGUGGAGAAACUCCCACGAACGCCAAGUAUGUGAUAAUAGGAAUUUUGCUAAUGUUCUUAGUGGGCGCGGUCAUUGGAGUUAUUGUCACCACUCAAAGAAAACGCGCAUCUGGAAUUACAUGGUUUCCAGAAGGCUUCCUCAGAACUAACUCCGGGACAAGACGAAGGUCGCGUCGCCGAGGACCAGAUGGUCAAGAAAUGCGCGAUCUGAAUAAAAACCCAUCCAUAGCAUGUAUGGAUCUUGACUUAAAUUCGCACGGCGGACAUAUGGGACAUGCCCAACAGUGGUCGGAUGAUGAAUCUGAUAUGCACCAACCGAAACGCAUGCGCGUGUUAGAAGCAGGAUACGCGAGCGAUCAUACUGCAAUUACCGACUAUGAGGAGGCGGAGCCACGAACUUGGGGCCAGCAGCAUUUGGAGGCGGCCGAUCUAAGACCCCCAGCUUCUAUGCUAACACCUCCUCAAAAUACCGACAUUAGCGACAUAAACGCCAGAGGUCCUUGUGGAAUGACGCCAAUUAUGGUGGCAGCUGUACGCGGUGGAGGUAUUGAUACUGGAGAAGACGAGGAAGAUGAUACAGCAGGAAACGUUAUACAAGAUCUUGUAGCUCAAGGCGCCGAGCUCAACGCCACCAUGGAUAAAACCGGCGAAACGUCCUUACAUUUGGCCGCACGAUACGCCAGAGCAGAUGCUGCAAAACGACUGUUGGACGCUGGUGCGGACGCGAAUGCUCAAGAUAACACUGGUCGUACCCCUCUACAUGCCGCGGUUGCCGCCGAUGCCGUUGGAGUUUUCCAAAUUCUCCUUCGGAAUCGAGCUACUAACCUUAAUGCACGCAUGCACGAAGGUACCACACCUCUAAUUCUUGCUGCCCGAUUAGCUAUAGAGGGUAUGGUACAAGAUCUAAUUAGCGCAGAAGCAGACAUAAAUGCCGCGGACAAUUCGGGUAAAACGGCGCUGCACUGGGCGGCCGCAGUAAACAAUGUAGAAGCGGUUAAUAUUCUUCUCGCACAUGGUGCUAAUAGGGACGCUCAAGACGAUAAGGACGAAACUCCACUCUUCUUAGCUGCCAGGGAAGGCUCUUACCAAGCGUGUAAAGCACUUUUGGAAGCAUACGCAAAUAGGGAAAUAACGGAUCAUAUGGAUAGAUUACCGAGAGAUGUCGCUAGUGAACGGUUGCAUCACGAUAUUGUUAGGCUUCUCGAGGAGCACAUUCCUAGAAGUCCCCAGAUGGUUAAUGUGGUUCAAAGCAAUUCGAUGCUAACAUCCUCAAAUGGACAGAUGAUUCAGCAGCCCACCGUUAUAGUUGCUAAAAGACAGAAAUCGAAGAGGCCAAGUAAGAUGGGUCACAAUGGACCUUUAGAUCCGGCAAGUCCAGAAAUAGAAGGUGCAAACACUGGAGGGAGUAUAAGACGUAAACCUAGUAUAAAGAAAUGUCAGAAAAAGGGCAUAAAUAGCGUAAACCACACUGAAAUUCCGCACAGCAUCGAUUCUGUCAAUUCCACACUUAGUCCUGUGGAAUCACCCAUGACCAAUAAUUCGCUGCCCAGCCCUUACGAUACGGGUUCGAUUUAUUCCAACAUGGGAAUGGCGUCUGCCUUAGAAGGAUUAAUAAGUAAUAAACAACCACCAAGUUAUGAAGAUGUCAUAAAAACCAAUCAGUCCAUUCAUAAUCUUCUAAACUUGGAAAAUUAUGGGCCUUUCACACUAUCAAAUUUCCAAGAUCAGCUAAUCUUACAAAGGCAGUUACAACCAAAUACGCUUAGUCCUCCUUACUCCAACCAAUCGCCACCCCAUUCGGUUCAAUCAAACAUGUCAUUGUCACCUCAAGCAUAUAACGGAUCUCCUUCGCCUGCAAAAUCGCGUCCGUCUUUACCGACAAGCCCGACCCACAUAGCUGCAAUGAGAGCCGCCACCCAGCAAAAGCACGGCGGAGUGCCACAAACUCAAAAUCUCCCGAUGGGUUUCGAUUUUAGCCAAGCGGGACUCGAGUUAUCCCUAGCGUACACGUCCGCGCAGCCGCACAGCGUCACGCCGCCCACGUUGCAUCCGCAGCAGUUUCAACAGAAUUACUUUCUAACGCCUCCAUCUCAACAUUCCGAUAUUACUCCGCAGCAUUUAGGACCGGACAACUUCCCCACGCCCAGUCCGGAAAGUCCGGGCCACUGGUCGUCGAGCUCUCCCCACUCGUGUGUAUCCGAUUGGUCGGAAAAUAUCACCAGCCCGAAUACAUACCACACCUCCGGACAUCAGACAAAUAAAGGUGUCGACGCCGUUUAUAUUUGAGAGUCGAGGACACUAAAGUCCUGUUUAGGUUAAGCUAUUCCCCUAACAUGACAUAUUCUAAGAUCUCAUUUGCAUUUCGAAAAUAGUAUAUCGGAAAAACUGUCGAAUGGCGGCAAAUGUACCGUGUACAUUUGCGUAGUAGAAUAUGUUUGGUAAUGGCAAUAUUAACCUUAACCAGAAUGACGCCAAUGUUUUAAAUAAAAAUUUAUUUGUAACUUAUCACGUGCCUUGACACUUGUUAAAAAUGUUGUAAUUUUAAUGUAAUAUGUAUUUACAAAAUGCCCUGUAAAUAGUUAUUUUAAUAUUGUUAGCUAUAUCUCUUUUUAAUGCAAGAUACUGGUUUUAUAUAGUUAAGAGGUAGAAUACACUAUCGCCAAAAUUUCAAAAAUCAACUACAAAAGUGUCUUACAUGUCUGUGAUUUUUAAGUAAUUUAUGUUUUUAACAUCCUUGCUAAAGGUAACAGUAGCUUUAUAAGUUUUAAUUUAAAUAGCCACUGUCUUGUAGGUGGCCACUGAUAAGGUUAAAGGUGGUGGUAUCUGGUAUUCUAAAUUUUAUGCUAAAGAUUUAUCACAAACAGACAGUUAUAUAACUGAAUGUUAAAAAUUAGGAAUUUAAAAUAUCGUUUGAGAAAUUGUGUUAAAUUAAAAUGUCUUUGGCAGAAUACCACCACCUUUAACCUUAUCCGUGUGACCGCCUACAAGAAAGUAGACAUAUACAAGUAGAUUUUCAUUAUUGUACAUUCACAAAAAUCAUUUGAAAAAUUUUAGUACGUUUU